CUCAUCCUCUUCUUAAGGGCGAUUCCUUAUUCUUUAUCUCAUCUCAGGGGUCUGCUACUGCACUCACGAUGUCGGACUCUCAUGAUCCUUCAGAUACUGGCAAAAAGCUUCCUUUUCGCCCAGCUGCAUCGAAAACCAUCAACGAUCCUCAGCAGACGGACCGAUCACCAGAAACAUCGGAAGAUAAACCAGAUUCGGCCCCUAACAGUCCUAAAUUCCAGUCACUCGAGGAGUUGCCCAUUGAGUUUGACCAGGCCAAGAAGAAAAAGAAGAAGAGCAAGACGCGCCCCAAGAGCAAGCGUGGAAAGAACAAGCCAACCGGUUUCGAAGAGUACUACGUCGACGCACCCAUUACCCCCGAGGAAUUUAGCGCCGAGAAGGAGCUCUACAAUGUCUCGCGACCUCUCACUCACCGAAUUGAGGAUGCCCUUCUACGCUACCAAAAGAAUCGGCGCCUGGAGUCAGACAGAAGAGACGUCUUCCUGAAAUAUCUGGCGUAUGGCGGGGUGAACGUGGGUCAGAGGAUGUUCGGUGGUUUGGAUGGCCGUGACCUCCAGCAACUGGACAGCGAAGAAAUCCUACAAGCGCGAGCAAUGACCAGUGUAGGCAAGGACAGAUCUAAUCUUACCGUGGAUUUUGAUGCAGUCGUUCGCGGGUUUCUGACCUCCUUCUUUCCAUACUAUUUCAAUCCUGAAACCGAAGAUAUGAUUAAGCUGGCGACAGUCACCAUUCGAAACUUCCUCUCCUACCUCCUUUACCAUGAUGUAUGCCCGGAGUACAAAGAUAAUAUCGACCAGGCCAGGACAUCCUGCGAUAUAGCUACAAGGGAGCUGUGGAACAAUCACCAACUCAUGGCCAAAAGCCCUGGUGACUUCAACUCGUGUUGCUCCUUGCUUUUCGGUGGCGAGCUCCAUGACACAUAUGUGGAGGACAAUCAAUGGAAAAACUCCAAGGACGAUGCGCCUCGCCUGACGACUGAGACAGCCCGCAAAAUCGUCAAAUUCGCCCUCGCCGGCGCGGGAGAGAAUCGUCAUGCCCUCCGGUUCCAGGAAUUGACCGAGAAUGAUACGCUGUGCGCAGUGCGUAUUGAGGAUAUUGAUGGGUUUGAAAUUACCGCUGUUCAUUCUCCCGGAGAAGACGUCCGCGAGUUCUACCUGACGCACGCUCCUGAUCUUGUUCCCGUCGGAAAGCUGCUAGCAAGGGCUUACCGAGAUCCGGGUAUGCCUGAUUUCGACCUCAGCCCGGAGGAGCAAGUGGCACAGCAGCCGGAAAAGAAUUUUGAGUUCUUCAUGGAGGACAAUAUACUUCAGUACUGCUACCCGGGAAUGAAGGUAAUCACUCCGGUAUGGGAGUUGAACUGUGGAUUCCAUUAUUUCGAGGAUGCGUAUAGAACGUAUGGUUCCAACUACACCCCUCUCGUGAAUGACUUGAUGCUUGGAUGGAAGGAGCCGAGAGAUUUAGCCAAAGCAGAGAGUGAUGGAGAGGAUGACUCGUCUGUUACUCUGUGAGCAUCGCCAGAGCAGGCCUGUCCGCGGAAGCUCAAUUCU